ACACCUACGUUCACCCACCCGUCUCUGGCCAUGUCAUCCCAGCUGCAGCCCUGGUCCUGUGAGCUACCUGUGGUGGGGGUGGGGAGGUGUAAGAGCUCCGGCCCUGUACAGGUGAGUCACAUGGACCACCUGGUGUUGACCGUGAAGAGUGUUCCAGACACCUGCACCUUCUACUCCUCUGUCCUGGGCAUGGAGGUCAUCACCUUUAAGGGUGACCGUAAGGCGCUGUGUUUUGGGCAGCAGAAGUUGAACCUGAACCAGGUGGGUCAGGAGUUUGAACCCAAGGCUCUGAGACCCACUUCAGGAUCAGCUGACCUCUGUCUCCUCACCGCCAGCCCCCUGGAUGCUGUAGCUACACACCUACAGGUGAUCAAACAGCCGCUACGCUCCCAGUGGACACACUCCCAGUGGAAACACUCCCCGUGGACACACUCCCAGUGGACACACUCCCAGUGGAAACACUCCCCGUGGACACACUCCCAGUGGACACACUCCCAGUGGAAACACUCCCAGUGGACACACUCCCAGUGGACACACUCCCCGUGGAAACACUCCCAGUGGACACACUCCCAGUGGACACACUCCCAGUGGACACACUCCCCGUGGAAACACUCCCAGUGGACACACUCCCAGUGGACACACUCCCAACGCUCCUACAGUGGACACACUCCCAGUGGACACACUCCCAGUGGAAACACUCCCAGUGGAAACACUCCCAGUGGAAACACUCCCAGUGGAAACACUCCCAGUGGACACACUCCCAACGCUCCUACAGUGGACACACUCCCAGUGGACACACUCCCAGUGGAAACACUCCCAGUGGAAACACUCCCAGUGGAAACACUCCCAGUGGACACACUCCCAGUGGACACACUCGCUACGCUCCUACAGUGGACACACUCCCAGUGGACACACUCCCAGUGGACACACUCCCAGUGGACACACUCCCAGUGGACACACUCCCAGUGGACACACUCGCUACGCUCCUACAGUGGAAACACUCCCAGUGGACACACUCCCAGUGGACACACUCCCAGUGGAAACACUCCCAGUGGACACACUCCCAGUGGACACACUCGCUACGCUCCUACAGUGGACACACUCCCAGUGGAAACACUCCCAGUGGACACACUCCCAGUGGACACACUCCCAGUGGAAACACUCGCUACGCUCCUACAGUGGACACACUCCCAGUGGAAACACUCCCAGUGGACACACUCCCAGUGGAAACACUCGCAGUGGACACACUCCCAGUGGACACACUCCCAGUGGACACACUCCCAGUGGAAACACUCGCUACGCUCCUACAGUGGACACACUCCCAGUGGACACACUCCCAGUGGAAACACUCCCAGUGGAAACACUCGCUACGCUCCUACAGUGGACACACUCCCAGUGGACACACUCCCAGUGGAAACACUCCCAGUGGACACACUCCCAGUGGACACACUCCCAGUGGAAACACUCCCAGUGGACACACUCCCAGUGGAAACACUCCCAGUGGACACACUCCCAGUGGAAACACUCCCAGUGGACACACUCCCAGUGGAAACACUCCCAGUGGACACACUCGCUACGCUCCUACAGUGGACACACUCCCAGUGGUUUUUUGCUUUAGCCAAAUGAUUUGUUGUUUGACAAUAUCCUCAGCAGGCAGUGUACCUCAGGGCACCCUGUUCCCUCUAUAGAGUAUUACUCUUGACGAGGGUCCAUAGGGGUCUAAUAGUAGUGCACUAUGUAGGGAAUAGGGGACCAUUUGGGACUCAACCACUCAUUCUCCUGACCCUGACUGUUAGCGAAGUGCAAUGGAGUGUGGGACACAGUAUGUGUCCCAAAUGUCACCCUUUUCGUUAUGGGGCAGGGGCACUGAUCAAAAGUAGUGCACUAUGUAGGGAAUAAGGUGCUACAG